AACCCCAAACCCUCUUCACCAUUUUAUUCCUUCGCUCUCUCAACUCAAUCGCUAUCUACAAAAACCCUACGGUUCGGUUACCCAUUCCCAGUCCGAUUAAACGUGCGGUGCCUCGUACCGUCCCCUUCGAUUCAGCACGAUGUCGUAUCGUCCUUCCGCAAGCGCCAGAACCGAGGUUCGUCGGAACCGGUACAAGGUCGCCGUGGACGCCGAUGAAGGUCGCCGUCGGCGAGAGGACACCAUGGUGGAGAUCCGAAAGAACCGUAGGGAAGAGAGCUUGCAGAAGAAGAGACGCGAGGGUCUGCAAUCUCAGUCCAUGUCUGCAUCAGUUCACUCUACUGUAAUAGAGAAGAAGUUGGAACUCCUGCCAGCCAUGGUUGCAAGUGUGUGGUCUGAUGACGGUAGCAAGCAGUUUGAGGCCACAACCCAGUUUCGGAAGUUGCUUUCAAUUGAACGUAGCCCACCAAUUGAGGAGGUUAUUCAAGCUGGUGUAGUUCCACGCUUUGUUGAGUUCUUGAUGAGGGAAGAUUUUCCUCAGCUGCAGUUUGAGGCAGCUUGGGCAUUGACAAAUAUAGCUUCUGGAACAUCUGAAAACACUAAGGUGGUAAUUGAUCACGGUGCUGUCCCAAUUUUUGUAAAGCUCCUUGGUUCUCCCAGUGAAGAUGUCCGUGAACAGGCUGUGUGGGCAUUAGGAAACGUUGCUGGAGAUUCACCCAGAUGCCGUGAUCUUGUUCUCGGUCAUGGAGCCUUGCUUCCUCUGUUGACACAAUUGAAUGAGCAUGCCAAGCUUUCUAUGCUGAGAAAUGCUACUUGGACACUAUCAAAUUUCUGCAGGGGAAAGCCUCAGCCUCAUUUUGAUCAGGUUAAACCUGCACUUCCUGCUCUUGCCAGUCUUAUCCAUUCAAAUGAUGAGGAAGUAUUGACUGAUUCCUGUUGGGCACUUUCAUAUCUUUCUGAUGGUACAAAUGACAAAAUUCAAGGUGUAAUUGACGCUGGUGUUUGUACCCGGCUUAUUGAGCUUCUAAUGCACCCAUCCCCUUCAGUACUUAUUCCUGCUCUUCGUACUGUUGGAAAUAUUGUUACUGGAGAUGAUGUGCAGACACAGGUCAUCAUCAACCAUCAAGCUCUUCCUCGUCUUCAGAAUCUCUUGACUAAUAAUUAUAAAAAAAGCAUAAAGAAGGAAGCAUGCUGGACCAUAUCAAACAUCACGGCUGGGAAUAAGCAGCAGAUUCAGGAUGUAAUUGAGGCCAACAUAAUUCCUCCUUUAGUCCACUUGCUUCAAAAUGCUGAGUUUGAUAUAAAAAAAGAGGCUGCUUGGGCUAUCUCAAAUGCUACUUCGGGUGGAUCUAAUGAACAAUUGAAGUACCUGGUAUGUCAAGGGUGUAUUAAGCCCUUGUGUGAUCUUCUAAUAUGUCCUGAUCCAAGGAUUGUUAAUGUUUGUCUGGAAGGGCUUGAAAACAUCUUGAAGGUAGGAGAAACUGAGAAAAAUAUUAGCAAUACUGAUGGUGUGAAUCUAUAUGCCCAAAUGAUUGAUGAUGCGGAGGGUUUGGAGAAAAUUGAGAACCUCCAGAGUCAUGAUAACACGGAGAUUUAUGAAAAGUCAGUGAAGAUUCUUGAGACAUACUGGAUCGAGGAAGAUGAUGAGACUAUGCCUCCAGGGGAUGUUGCUCCUCAAUCAGGGUUUAACUUUGGUGGCCCUGGAGUUCCUACUGUGCCGUCGGGAGGAUUCAACUUUAAUUAAAAGGAGUUUUGGCUGGUCUAUCUGUAAAGUCCUCCAGUUUGACAGUCCAACAUUUGGUGGUCAAGUCAAUGUCUUUGCAUUGUCCUUGGUUCCUGCAAGGUUCAGCCUUGGUAAAUAGAGGGUUGCUGGACCGGCUUGGGUUUUUGAAAUGGCUGGUUUUACAUACAUUAUGGGAACAGAUGGUUGUGGCUUGAUUUUCUUUGCCAUUUUAGGGCUAUAUAUACUAGAGUUUGCUUUCUGCCAAGAGAUCUUUCCGAGUGACUUGGCUUUUAUAGAAUUGUUGAUUUUCGCUAAUUUUUUUCUGUCAUAGAUUGGAUUCAUUAAGUACCACACGAGAUUUUGGAUGUUUUGGCAAAUACCGAAUGCUACUAUCUUUUAUCUAUGUUUAGUUACUAGAUGGAGUUUUUAUUUUACAUCUUUCUUUGUAAGCUUUUUUGAAUUUUACCAUGAAAUUCUAUUCAUUAUGUUCUCUAGGUUCCUUUCAGGCUCGGUAUGUAAUGUUUACUGAUCUGGUACGGGAUAGGUCUUGCACCACUUUGUUC